AUGAAAAAGUUGGAUGUCAUCUCAAAAUACAAGUCUGAAAAACAGAAUGGAUCCAUAAAUCAUGAGUACAAAGAAAAUCAAGACAAAACAAGUGUAACAAAACAACAAGAAAAGCAAGAAGAGGAUAUUGAUCAAGUAUUGAAAGAUUUUAUGCAGAUGAGAGUGCUUGAGACAGUCUAUGAAGAGGAAGAGAGAAGCUGGGCUUCUCCAGAAUCUGAGCAUAUACAAGCACAGUUGGUUUCUGAAUUGACUACAGCUACUACUCAAUCAACACCAUUCAAACAGUUACUUGAGUCUACACCAAAUAAGUUGCUUCCAAACAGGAACUUUCAAAGAAUUGAAAGAACUUCACUACUUGAAAAUGCCUAUAGGUUUAUCAAAGAACAAGCAAAAACCAUUCUGUUUCCUGUCUUAGAUUAUGACAGACAAACUCUAAUUCAACAUGCUUUAGCCGAAAAGUACGAUGAGAUUGAAGAUUUCUUGAGUUUCCCCCAUCUUCUUGCUUCGUGUCUAUUGGCGCUCAUCCAAUCUGUCAAUGAAGUAGCAGCAAUUGCGAGUCCAUAUGUAGCCAUUCUUGAUGUGUUUCAACAUAGAGCUAAAUAUUCAAGAAAUGGGGAUAAUACCUAUCAGGAUUCCAUACAUGUGAAAUGGUGGUUUAGGACUAUCGGUGGAUUGGUUGCUGCAAUGGGAUUUUUCGUAUGCGGGUGGCGAUUGAGUCAAUGCCUAGGAGGCAAGUUAACCUAUAUGAGUAACUCCAGAGGAUUGGUUUCUCAACUAUCUUCCGUCGCAGCAAUCAUCAUAAUCACUAAAACAAAACUUCCAGUUUCAAGCGUGCAUGCUUUUGUUGGCUCUUUAUUAGGAGUUGGAAUUGCAGAUGAUCAUCAGAAUGUGAAUUGGAAACUCCUACUGAAAAUCCUUUUUGGAUGGGUGAUGACAAUGGUAUUUUGUUGUGGGAUUGCAUAUGUGAUUUUUUCUGCCUCAAUACACUCACCAGCCUAUGUAGUGCCAUGAUAUUGCAAUUUCUAAAAUCGUUAUUCAUUACACGACUAGUGAGCGCUUAGAAAAGAUUGAAUACUAAUGUACAUAGAAGAAAAUUUGCAGAUCCUGCAAUUGAUUGAUACUCAUGUAAAAGUAACAUA